GCUUAAUGUAUCUGUACGACCCCUCCUGAACCACACAAUGGAGAGCCAAAUCGCCGCCCAGCUACUGAGCAGUAAAUCGCUCUCGGUCUCUUCAACAUGGCUCAAUCACUUUGUCUCCUCGACCACUCUCCAGCGCAACGUUCCCCUCUCGGCCUUGAUCCAGACUGCUCUAUUCCGCAUCCUUGCCUCCGACAUUAGAGAAUCCCUUUCCACACGAUCAACUUCAUCACUCCUUCCCGUCGACAUCUCCGAUCCCGCGGUACAAGAAAGACGGCUCCAGGGCCCGGUCCCCGUUCAAGUCCUGGAUAUCGAAGACAUCGGCUCGAGUUUGUGGAGUCAGGUGGAAGCGAUCGAGCGCGUGGAACGCGGGGAGGCGAUUCGGGGCAGGGAAAUUGUGCGCACCGUCAGUGUGGACGAAGAUCCCGAGCAGGGCGCGGAGGGUAGCGGUCCUGCUUCUACUCAGUCGGACAGCAGUGGCCCGCACCGAUUGAUCGUUCAAGAUGCGGCGGGCACGAAAGCGGUGGUAAUUGAGUUGAAGCGUGUCAGUGGCGUUGCGUUGGGGAAAUUACCCAUUGGGUCUAAGAUACUGUUACGGAAUACUGCAGUUGCUCGUGGCAUGGUGUUGUUGACGCCUGAUUGUGUUACGCUUCUUGGGGGCAAGAUUGACUCGCUGGACCAGGUGUGGAGAGAGGGAAGGAAGGAAAGACUGUUGGCAAGAAUUGCCGAGAUGCAAAGGGAGCAGGACUCAUAAGGAAGAGUACCACAUGGUCAUCAAGCUCGUCCUUGCAUAGAUACUAAGGUGUGUUCAAAUGUUUCUAUUUCAUCAUUCAUCC